CAUUUCUCCAGAGCCCAUUUCUUUCUAGGGAGCCACCACCAUCCAAACCAAGUUCUCAUACACGAACCGAAGCUGAAGUCGCCAGAAAAAAUGGUGGCCUCGUUGCAGCUGCCGAUGGCUACUUCGCUUCCUUCUUCAUCUUCGUCGUCGUCCGUGAGGCGUCGGCUCACUAAGACCUUCUGUGCGGUUAAUUCCAAAAGCAGUGCUAAAAUUCCAAUGCCUCCAGUCAACCCUAAGGAUCCGUUCCUGUCGAAGCUCGCCUCCGUCGCUGCGACUUCACCGGAAACGCUAUUCAAUCGCCCUUCCAACUCAGACACGCCUCCGUAUUUGGACCUCUUCGAUUCUCCCAAGCUCAUGGCUACUCCCGCUCAAGUGGAAAGAUCUGUUUCAUAUAAUGAACACAGACCAAGGAGACCACCGCCAGACUUGCCUUCGUUACUUCUUCAUGGUAGAAUAGUCUACAUUGGCAUGCCGUUGGUGCCUGCUGUUACGGAGCUUGUCAUUGCAGAACUAAUGUACCUGCAAUGGAUGGACCCCAAAGAGCCGAUAUAUCUCUAUAUUAAUUCUACUGGAACAACUCGUGAUGAUGGUGAAACUGUUGGGAUGGAGACUGAGGGUUUUGCAAUUUAUGAUGCCAUGAUGCAAUUGAAGAAUGAGAUCCACACAGUUGCGGUUGGGGCUGCUAUAGGGCAGGCAUGCCUCUUACUGGCAGCAGGAACCAAGGGCAAACGAUUUAUGAUGCCCCAUGCCAAAGCCAUGAUCCAACAGCCCCGUGUCCCAUCAUCUGGACUGAUGCCUGCCAGUGACGUUCUUAUCCGUGCAAAGGAGGUAAUAAUAAAUAGGGAUACUCUUGUGGAGCUCCUGGCUAAGCACACUGGAAAUUCUGUUGAGGAUGUCGCUGGUGUGAUGAAAAGACCUUUUUAUAUGGAUUCCACAAGAGCUAAAGAAUUUGGUGUCAUUGAUAAGAUACUUUGGCGUGGUCAGGAAAAGAUAAUGGCUGAUGCUGCCCCGCCUGAAGAAUGGGACAAGACUGCUGGCAUCAGAGUACUUGAUCCAAUAUAAUUCUGUUCUAAUAAAUGCUCAGCGUGUUAGGUGCCUUUUUUGGGCUAUGGAACUGAAGUUAUGGCGUUUUGUCUUGAUUAAACCCCUGAAGCGCUAAUUGUCAAAGGACAAGCUUGACAAACAUGCCCUGUAGUUGUUGGUACCUAUUUUCAACUUGGGUAAAAAACUUUCUACGCUUGGAAUUAGAAAGUAUUCUUAUGUUUUAGUGUAUUUCUUAUAUAUGCUCGGUUGGCAUGCACUCUGAAUCCUGAAAUUCUUGCGCUGUCAUUAACGGAGGAGAGUGGAUAGUAUGUGAACGGAGUGAUGCUAUCUACCUUUAUAUUUUCAUCUCUACAAUAAUUAGAACUAGGCUUUAGUUUACCUUGGUUGGCGCCUUGGGACGUUUACGGAACAAAUAUUUACUCUACUG